GUAGCGCGCGUGAGGGCGUUGGGCGCCGCCGCGAGGCUGGGAAGCGCGGGGCCGCGGCGGUGCGGGUUCUAGGGCGGCGGCUCCCGCCGCCGCAGCAGCGCCCCAGGCGGGGAGGGCCGAGGAGGCCGGACGAGCUGGGGAUGGAGAGUACCAGGCCCCUCACUGCCUCAGAGCGCGUGUGCGGCUCCGGGCGCGCACAGUGACGGUGACAGCGUCCCUGGCCCGGCAGCGCCGAGGCCGCUUCGCCAGACAGCCCGCGACCGGCGGCAGGCCGGGCCAUGAGGAGCGGCCGGGGCCGGGCCGGGCCUCGCUGACCCCGGCUCCGCGCGGCGGCCUCCCCCGUUUCCGCUCCGGCCUCUCGGCAUGAGAGUCCGCCCGGGCCAGGGGCUGCGGCUGCCCCAGACUCGCCGCCAGCUGGCGCGCUCCGGGGCCGCAGACCCGCGGUGCUGAUACCUGCGCCGCGCUACGCCGCCAGCCCGCCCACUGUGUGCCCCGGGGGCGCGGCCAUGGAGGUGGUGGGCGACUUCGAGUACAGCAAGAGGGAUCUCGUGGGACACGGGGCCUUCGCCGUGGUCUUCCGGGGGCGGCACCGCCAGAAAACUGAUUGGGAGGUAGCUAUUAAAAGUAUUAAUAAAAAGAACUUGUCAAAAUCGCAAAUACUGCUUGGAAAGGAAAUUAAAAUCUUAAAGGAACUUCAGCAUGAAAAUAUUGUAGCACUCUAUGAUGUUCAGGAAUUACCCAACUCUGUCUUUUUGGUGAUGGAGUAUUGCAAUGGUGGAGACCUCGCAGAUUAUUUGCAAGCAAAAGGAACUCUCAGUGAAGACACCAUCAGAGUGUUUCUGCAUCAGAUUGCUGCUGCCAUGCGAAUCCUGCACAGCAAAGGAAUCAUCCACAGAGAUCUCAAACCACAGAACAUCUUGCUGUCCUAUGCUAAUCGCAGAAAAUCAAGUGUCAGUGGUAUUCGCAUCAAAAUAGCGGAUUUUGGUUUUGCUCGUUACCUACAUAGUAACAUGAUGGCUGCAACACUGUGUGGAUCCCCGAUGUACAUGGCUCCUGAGGUUAUUAUGUCUCAACAUUAUGAUGCUAAGGCUGACUUGUGGAGCAUAGGAACAGUGAUAUACCAAUGCCUAGUUGGAAAACCACCUUUUCAGGCCAAUAGUCCUCAAGACUUAAGGAUGUUUUAUGAAAAAAACAGGAGCUUAAUGCCUAGUAUUCCCAGAGAAACAUCACCUUAUUUGGCUAAUCUCCUUUUGGGUUUGCUUCAGAGAAACCAAAAAGAUAGAAUGGACUUUGAAGCAUUUUUUAGCCAUCCUUUUCUUGAGCAAGUUCCAGUAAAAAAAUCUUGCCCAGUUCCAGUGCCCAUGUAUUCUGGUUCUGUCUCUGGAAGCUCCUGUGGCAGCUCUCCAUCUUGUCGUUUUGCUUCUCCACCAUCCCUUCCAGAUAUGCAGCAUAUUCAGGAAGAAAACUUAUCUUCCCCACCAUUGGGUCCUCCCAACUAUCUACAAGUUUCCAAAGAUUCUGCCAGUACUAGUAGCAAGAAUUCUUCUUGUGACACGGAUGACUUUGUUUUGGUGCCACACAACAUCUCGUCAGACCACUCAUAUGAUAUGCCAAUGGGGACUGCUGGCAGGCGUGCUUCAAAUGAGUUCUUGGUGUGUGGAGGGCAGUGUCAGCCUACCGUGUCACCUCACAGUGAAACAGCACCAAUUCCAGUACCUACUCAAAUAAGGAAUUAUCAGCGCAUAGAGCAGAAUCUUACAUCUACUGCCAGCUCAGGCACAAAUGUACAUGGUUCUCCAAGAUCUGCAGUGGUGCGAAGGUCCAACACCAGCCCCAUGGGCUUCCUCCGGCUGGGAUCAUGCUCCCCGGUGCCAGCAGACACAGCACAGACAGUUGGACGAAGGCUCUCCACUGGGUCUUCUAGGCCUUACUCACCUUCCCCUUUGGUUGGUACCAUUCCUGAGCAAUUCAGUCAGUGCUGCUGUGGGCAUCCUCAGGGCCAUGACUCCAGGAGUAGAAACUCCUCAGGUUCUCCAGUGCCACAAGCUCAGUCACCACAGUCCCUCUUAUUGGGUGCUAGACUGCAGAGCGCCCCCACCCUCACUGACAUCUAUCAGAACAAGCAGAAGCUCAGAAAGCAGCACUCUGACCCCGUGUGCCCAACCCAUGCUGGGGCUGGGUACAGCUACUCACCUCAGCCCAGCCGGCCUGGCAGCCUUGGAACUUCUCCCACCAAGCACUUGGGGUCCUCUCCACGGAGUUCUGACUGGUUCUUUAAAACUCCUUUGCCAACAAUCAUUGGGUCUCCUACUAAGACCACAGCUCCUUUCAAAAUCCCUAAAACGCAAGCAUCUUCCAACCUGUUAGCCUUGGUUACUCGUCAUGGGCCUGCUGAAGAACAAUCCAAAGAUGGGAAUGAACCACGGGAAUGUGCCCAUUGCCUCUUAGUGCAAGGAAGUGAGAGGCAGCGGGCUGAGCAGCAGAGCAAGGCAGUGUUUGGCAGAUCUGUCAGUACUGGGAAGUUAUCAGAUCAACAAGGAAAGACUCCUAUAGGUGGACAUCAGGGCAGCACAGACAGUUUAAAUACAGAACGACCAAUGGAUAUAGCUCCAGCAGGAGCCUGUGGUAUUGUUCUGGCACCUCCUGCAGGUAUAGCUGCAAGUUCCAGGGCUGUCCUCUUCACUGUAGGGUCUCCUCCACACAGUGCAGUGGCCCCCACUUGUACCCACAUGCUCCUUCGAGCAAGAACAACCUCAGUGGGGCCUAGCAACUCGGGGGGCUCUCUGUGUGCCAUGAGUGGCCGCGUGUGUGUGGGGUCCCCGCCUGGCCCAGGCUUCGGCUCUUCCCCUCCAGGAGCAGAGGCAGCUCCCAGCCUGAGAUACGUGCCUUACGGUGCUUCACCCCCCAGCCUGGAGGGGCUCAUCACCUUUGAAGCCCCUGAACUGCCGGAGGAGACGCUGAUGGAGGUAGAGAAGAGACUAUAGUGGUGUGAAUGUAACGUUGAUUUGGUAUGAGAACAUUCUAGGGAUGACAAGAACAAAAUACAUUAAAUAGUUACUAAAUUAUGUUCUCUUUAACGUGCCUUUUCUGUUUGAAAAGUAUCGCUGAUGUCGUUUUAGAUUAAUGUUGACAGUGACACUCAUCCAUAAUAAGCUUUGGUUUAUAGGAAGAAACGCAUAGAUUCUGUGUUUUUCUUUCUUUUUUUUUUUUGAGAUGGAGUCUCGCUGUGUUGCCCAGACUGGAGUGC